AUGCCAGGUCUAGAGCCAACUCCAGGGCUAGCGUCAACACUGGUGCCAGCCAUUGUUAAUGUAGUGUUGCAGAGAGAGACAGAGUGGGGCGAGUUCAGCUGUGGGGUAAUACAUGGACUACAAACCAAGUGUGUGGUCAGUCGACCACACACUAUCAAAUACCAUCUCCCUCCUGCACCUGCAUCUGCACAGCCGACCCUCUCAUCACCCGCAACUACUCCUCCAAGUGCCAGUCGCACACAAGCUCAAAAAGCUGACAUCAGAAGCAUCAAGGGGAAAGUCAGAACCCUGCUUUAUCGUACAAUGCUACAAAUGGAAGGCAUUUCAUGGACUUGGGGACAACAAAACAGGUAUAUCGACAGUGCAUUGCAGGACAUGAUAAUCAACACAAUUGGGGAUGUUGGGUAUGAGUUGUUUAAGCCACUUAAGCUUCAGGAAGAAACGGUCACCUCAAUGUCGCAAACACAAAGGUUUUUCAAGAUGUAUGUGUCCCAUAAUGUCCAAAGUGCUCUCGACCUUCGCCUCCCAGUCAUGGAGAAGGCAAAGGCAGUAAAACAGCUCCUCCUCCCCAGACUCAAAUUUCUGCACAAAAUUGAAAUGGAGGCCUCUAUCCUGAUGUUUGAUUUAGAGAAACUCAACUGCAUAUUUGUUAUCAUGGGGGCUGCGGUUAACAACAUUCUUAAGGUGUAUCACGAGGGCAUGUACAAAAAUGUUCAUGCAUUCACUGAUAAUUUCUACAAUCCUUACAGCACAGUGAUGACAUUGAUUGACGACAUUUGGAGUGAUGACGCGCUGAGGGAGUGGUUUGAACUUUUAUGCAAUCUUAUCAUCACGCUCAGACAAUCAGACAUGGGCAUGGAUUAG